CUGAACUGAGGCAGGGUGAAGCUUUAACUGUGUCAGUGCAGGGGCAGCAGUAGCAGCAGCAGCUCUCUGUGUGGAUCAUCAUAUGAACAAGAUGAGGAACUCGGUGCUGCUCACUGUGCUCCUGCUGCAGCUGCCAGUCACCACCACAAAGGGAGGACACUGGGAGGACUACAAAUAUGGCCUCCAAAACUCAGAGCAGGACAAGAAGCAGUUCUGCUGCUCAUGGAAAUGCCUCCUGUUCACCUUGCAAUGGCCCGGAGGCUUCUGUCAGGCCACUUCAGGCACAACACUGCUGCAGCUGCUGGCCGAUGUUCCACUCUGACGUCCAGGAGCUGGAGGCAGAGCUGAGCGAACACUGGCCAUCGUUAGUGACAACCAAAUCCAGCUUCCACUUCUGGAGAGACGAGUGGAGAAAACAUGGGGUGUGUGCAGCGUGUGUCGAGGGAAUGAACUCUCCUCCAAGAUACUUCCAGAUCUGCCUCAAACUACGAGCACAAUUCGAUAUCCACAAACUGCUGGAAGAUGCUGGCAUCACUCCAUCCUGUGAACAGCCUUACAAGGUUGAAGAGGUGCACAGUGUCCUGGUUCCACAUCUAAGUGACAGACAUGAGAUUCAGUGUGUGACAGACGACAAGGACAGAGAGGUGUGGUUUCAGGUGAAGAUCCCUCUGUCUCACAACCUGACUCUCGGCUGUGAUCACCAUGGUGACGCUGAGGAUGACCUGGCGACCGGAUCCAACCGGGCAUGGAGCUCCUCUCCUGGACAUCCCUGCCCUCCUCAGGUCCCUUUCUACUACUUCCCAAUAGACCACCAGCAGCCCAAGCAGCCCUGUGGCUGAGAGGACAGGGGCACCUGAAAACCCUCAGUAGCAGCAGCCCCAGCAGCUUCCUACUGUCUUCAGUGGAGAACUGUACUCUGAAUGUGUAACCUAAGUUAUUACUUCACAUCUACAUCAACAAAUAAAUCAAUUCAUACAUUUACAGAAUUUGAAUGUGUUAUUUUUGUUGCCUCUGAACCAUUGAUUAAAGACAUUUUGAUUUUCUAUGUCAUUGAUCAUUUGUUU